UGUACACGUCUCCAAGCAGGACGCGUUCGGCCAAGAUGGCGGACAAGUGUCAGCCGCGGUGUCCUGCACUUUUCUGAGAAACUCCAGCUGUUCUCGUAUCGAGUUUUGUUUGUAUCUGGGCAUCUCGACUGGAAGAUAACGGGGAGAUCUCCAGUAAGUGUAAAAACUUUGGAGACCUGUGAGUGUAAACGAUGCAGCCACCUCCUCGGACAGGUCCUCCUGGGGCUAGUGGUCCCCCGCCUCCCUUCGGUGGACCCAAUGCCUUCAGAAGAACCAGACCUCACAAGCAUGGGCCUGCAGCUACUAUGACACUGGCUGCCCCGCCCACGCAGCCAGUGACUGAUCCAUUUGCCUUUGGAAGACAAAGUUUUUCGCCCAUUGCAGGGGGCAGCCAAACUCCUCUCACAAACAGCAACCCACUUCCUAUGCAAGGUCCUCCCCUGCCCGGGUUUAACCCGAUGAUACCACCACAAGGGCCAACACCAGGAGCAGCGCAGGCAGCCUCUCCUGGCCCACCAUCAAGAAUUUUUACACCACAGCCUGUUCCCCCAGGGCCCGCACCAAGCUCUAACCCUCGGCAUGCAGAACCAGGAUACUUGAAUUCCCAAGAACCAAUGGCCUACAUAGCACAAUUGCCUAACCCUGCUCCUUCCUUCAGCUGUAGUUCAUCACAUCCACCCUCCACUGUCUCAACACCUACAGUUCAAUCCCAGACUCCUUUUCAAUCGCAGCCAACACCUCCCCCACCUUCUCACUGGGUGCCUGACCACAGAAGCCGCCCACCUUCUGUUCAGAACUACUUUCAGCCAACUAGUGAUCUCCCAUCUCAGCCUUUUCAAGCUCAAGCCCCACCUCCUUUGCCCUUUUUCCACACAGCCCGACCAGUGACGCAAUCUCAGAAUCAAGGUCUGUCAGAUCAACAAAAUGUGGCUGGGCCUGCUGCAACUCAGCAACAGAACUCCCACUUCCCGGCUCAGAAUUAUUUCAGUCAGUCAGGUGGAACCUCAGAGCCAUGGUUCAAUCAAAACCCACAGGAUCCGUCUCAGCGUGCCUGUCCUGUCUCCUACUCUGAAGUUCCCAGUGAUUCCGGAACUCUAUCAAUGUUCUUUCGGGGCAAUGAUGUUGAAAAUGAAGAAACUCUGUCAAGUGAGGGACGUGUAAAUGGGAUUCAACACCCUUUCCCUUCGACGAAUGAGUUCUCUGGUCCAUAUUUGAAUGACACUGGUAACAUUCGAGCUGGGGCAGGACCAUGUGAUUCUGUGGAGAAUCAGGAAUUUGUUCCAAACCAGGAAGUACUCCCUAGUGAGCCUCCUACAGGCCAUUCCUUUGAGGGGGUGCCUAAUUUGGAGACACCUGACACUGGUCCACGUCUUGCUCGCUCUUCAAGUGUUUCAUCCAGCUACAGUAAUGUCAGUCACAGCAGUGGACAUGGUCCUCACAGUGGUAGUCACAUGCCUCGGCGACAGCAAGGUGUUGUGGGAACAUUUAUCCAACAGGAAAGUCCCCGCCCACCAGAUCACCCUCCUUUGCAUCCUUCCACUGGUGGAUACUUUGAACAGAUAGACUCCAACCCAGCUGCAGAGGCAAGUCCAACUUUCCCAACUCCUAGCCCACCUAAACCAGUUGGUGUGUUCCAAGCGAGUGCAAAUUCUUCCUUUGAGCCUGUCCGCUCACAUGGUGUAGGAGUUCGACCUGCUGAGGUUGAUCGUGCACGUGUGGUCAUGGAAAAGGGUGGUCGUGACAUGCAGCCUGGCAACCUAGAACAACCCCCAGACAACUUGGAGACCAUUUACUUACCGCAACGCCGACCGCCAUCUCGAGCUCAAGCAGCUCGACGCCCGAUUGAGAGUCCCGCUACUACACUCUGGGCUCAAAAUGACACUGCCAGCCUUGGUGUUAACAUACUGUUAGCCCCUGCAGCGCCCUCUCUGUCUGCAACAUUUGUUCCAGAACAUCCCUCUGAAGUCAUUCAGCCACCGGAAGAUGGUCCUCUUGAUUUGCAUCCAACAAAGCCAGAUCCACAGCCUCCCUCUGAAAACCUAGAAAUUCCCCCAGACUCCACACCUCAGGCAAGUUUGGGAUAUGCCUCUUUGCUGGUGACGUCGCCUCCCGUUGAGGCCCUGAACCAGCCUUUGUUGAUUGCACCACCUUCAAGUUUGGUGUCGUCUCAAAACCUCUCACAACCCUCUAAUCAGACAAGUCCUCGACAGACAGCAACACCUGUGCACCCACCACCUCAGUCUUCUGAGACCAAUCAAAUGCCUCAGGAUUCUCCUCCAACAAAUCAGGCACAGCCUCUUUUAUCUCAGACGCUAAUAAACUUUGGAACUACUUCCACUCAAGGUAUCUUGAAUCUAGCACGAGAGACAAAAGAUGUUCAGCCCACUGUUCAAGAACCCCGACCCGUUCUAUCAAGGGCUCAGUCUAUUAGAAGUGAUAGCCAAUAUCUUCCACCUUCUGUUUCUCAAGCUCAGACUUCUGCCCCUGCCACCACUCACAAUGAAUCUUCGAAAUACGAGCUGCUUGAUUUUUCUAUGCAUCAACCACAAGUGACAGUCCCAGCUGUCUCUCAGUCUGCCCAUCCUGCUAGCUUGGUGAAUAACACACAGGGCUUUUACCUGCAGGUCACCAAAGAUGCACAGCAGGGUGGGCAGUCAGACAGUGAGGCUCUGCCUUUUCAGCAGAUCUCUAACCCCUCACGGCCCUCCAGCAACCAUCCCAACAAUGAUCCCACUCGCACCUCCCACCCUGCCCAUCCACCUCCAUCUCAACACCAGCCUCCUCCACAAGCCCCUCCAACUCAACCUGGUGCCCCUCCUGGUUCUGGAUCUGCCCCACCUUCUUAUCCACCCCAGUCUGCGAACUCUGCCCCCCAGCCACUUAAAGAACCCCAAAGACCUCCUUCAUCUCUAGGUGGUCAGUCAGGGUAUGGUGCUCCUCCUGUCAUGCCACCUGGUCCGGUUUAUUCAGGGUAUUACCCAGGACCCUACCCUGUGAACCAGAAUGGAAGACCGCCUUAUCCACCCCAGUACGCUGUGGAUGCCAGAUCUCAAAGUUACCAUCAGGAGGAUCCUCGAUACGGCUGGUAUGAUGUUCAGCUUCCCAGCAGCCAGAAUUUUGACCGUCAACCAGAGAGGUCGAGUUCUAGAACCAGUCAAUACUCAGACAGACCCAAUUCCAGACAGGGGAAUCAUGAAGAUCUUUCUAGAUCCAGCCGUAGUGCCUAUGAUGACUACUAUGCAAACUACUAUAAGAGACAGUUUGAUGCCUAUGGAGAUAGGAGCAGUUGGUAUGAUCCAAAUGCUGCUUAUGAUCCACGCUACAGAGCCUACUAUGAUCCAGCAUAUGGCUGGUACUAUGGAGAUGCCAACUACAACCAACCAUAUCUAAACAGCAGAAGAGAGGACUAUGAUGUUCCAUGGCGGUAUUACCCUUGGUACGACUCUAGCUUUGAUGAGUGCCGCGGACGUGACCGAAACGCUGAUGAUUUUGACCGCCGUUCGAUUCACAGUGAACAGUCAGCACACAGUGUGCGUUCAUCACACAGUCGGCGCAGUAGCUUCAGCUCCCGGUCACAACAGAGUCAAGUGUAUAGAAGUCAACCAGAUUUGGUCAGUGCAGCCUAUGAUGCCACUGGGACUACUCUUCCAGUGGAUUACACCUACAGCCAGUAUCCUAACCCUUCAGAUACUGUAGAUUACAGUCAGAUUCCUUACUCUUCAGACAACACCUGGACCGCCCCAGAGCAGCCUCCUCCAAGGCCGUUGACCCCGGAGAAGUAUUCUGUUCCUCAUCGCUGUGCUCGGUUUGGUCCUGCUGGUCAGCUGAUCCUUGUCCAACCCAACCUGCCCUCUGCUGGUCAGCCUACACUUGUAGAAAUCCACAGUAUGGAGACGAUACUGCAGGAUUCUCCAGAGCAGUCAGAAAUGCGUUCGUUCCCUGGCCCGCUCCUCAAAGAAGAGACUCAUAAGGUGGAUGUCAUAAAGUUUGCUCAGAACAAAGCCCAAGAGUGUUUGCGAAAUGAUGACCUCAUCGACAAAGACUCCGCCUACCUCAUCUGGGAGUUCAUUGUACUGCUGUGCCGCCAAAAUGGGACGGUAGUGGGCACAGACAUCGCUGACCUGUUGCUAAAGGAGCUUCGCUCUGCCUGGUUGCCGGGAAAAUCACCCAAUGAGGCUAAUCUCAUCGACUUCAAUAAUGAAGCAAUAGAGCAUGCCGAGGAGGAAGAGGCGGGGCCAAUAUCCCUUCUGUCAGACACUUUCAUGGGGGUGCCAGAGAAUGUUGGCAAAGAGACCGAGCGUUUCAGAGAACUUCUACUAUUCGGCCGCAAGAAGGAUGCCCUGGAGGCUGCUAUGAAGAAUGGCCUGUGGGGUCACGCGCUGUUAUUGGCCAGUAAGAUGGACAACAGAACACACGCCCGUGUCAUGACCAGAUUUGCCAACAGCCUGCCUAUUAACGACCCUCUUCAGACGGUGUACCAGCUCAUGUCAGGACGAAUGCCGGCUGCUGCUACUUGUUGCGGAGAUGAGAAAUGGGGCGAUUGGCGACCUCACCUGGCCAUGGUGCUGUCCAACCUCACACACACUCUGGAUCUUGACACACGCACAAUUUCAACCAUGGGGGACACUUUAGCAUCUAAAGGUCUAGUGGAUGCAGCCCAUUUCUGUUACCUGAUGGCUCAAGUGGGUUUCGGUGUGUACACCAAGAAAAGCACCAAGAUGGUCCUUAUCGGCUCCAAUCACAGCUUGCCAUUUUUGAAGUUCUGCUCGUCAGAGGCGAUUCAGCGGACAGAAUCCUAUGAAUACGCUCAGUCUCUUAGCUCUCAGCCUCUCUCUCUGCCAAACUUCCAGGUGUUCAAGUUCAUCUACGCGUGUCGACUGGCGGAGGCGGGACUCUGUGCUCAGGCCUUCCAUUACUGUGAGGUCAUCUCACGUACCCUGCUGAGCUUACCUGAGUACUACUCACCUGUGUUCAUCAGUCAGCUCAUACAGAUGUCUCUGAGGUUGAGGUUUUUUGACCCUCAGUUGAAGGAGAGACCAGAGCAGGAGUUGUUUAUAGAGCCUGAUUGGUUACUGCAUCUCAGACAACUCGAUGGACAGAUCAAGGAUGGUGCGAUCACCUUACGUGCAGAUCGCAGCACCCCACAGCUUUAUCACUGCAGUACACCCAGUUCAGAAGACCAGUGCAGCCCGCCUGACCCCUCGACUCUGAAUCCUGAUCCCCACAAUCCUCUAAUGACCUCCCUUUUGCCCCCAGGUGGUGUUCAACUCAUGCCACCAGCUCCUCCCACUAUUCUUCAGGAUGGGGCGGUUCCUCUGCAGCAUGCCCCGCCUCCGGGGGAAAGUGUUCCAUUUUACCCAACAGCCCAACAGGGGCAACCACAGCCAAACUUUGGAGCACAGUUCCAACCUGAAAUUCAUGACCAAUACAUGCCCAUGCCACCCCAACAAAUACCCCAACAAAUUCCCCCACAAUUUCCGACGUACAGCCCUACAGAAUUGCCUCCACAGAUGCCACUAGGAAUGCCACCUCAGAUGCCCCAGCCAAUGCCAGGGGCUAAACAGGGCUCCGCCCCUUCCUCUCCUCAGCAGUUCCCCCAGUCAUCUCCAACAUUCACUGCCCCUCCUCCACAGGGGAAGGACUUCUAUGACAUGGCACGCAUGGGCCCAGGCAGAAGGUCACGAAGCACGUCACAGUCGUCAGUGCAACUGGCAUCAGGUCGUCGGUCUCGCACUACGUCGGAAUCGUCCAAUCAUUCUGGACGAGAGCGCAGCAGUUCUCUCAUCAAUCAGAGCUCUCCACCUCCCCCUUCUAUCCCAGAGAGUCCACCACAGGACGAACCCAAGAAGACCAAGAAAGACUCUCCCAAAAAAGGAGCGAGUGGCGGCUGGCUGACCUGGCUGUAUCCAAAACGAAAGAACGAAGCGCAUCUGCCAGACGACAAGAACAAAUCUAUCGUGUGGGAUGAAAAGAAGCAGAAAUGGGUGAACCUGGAUGAGCCAGAGGAGGAGAGCAAACCCCCUCCUCCACCACCCACCGGCUUCCCCAAAGCUCCAGUGGGCGGGAUGGGGCCACCAGGAGUGGGUGGUCCACCAGGGGGGCCACCUGUGAAUAUGUUCUCCAGGAGAGCAGGCACUAAGAGCCGUUAUGUGGACGUGUUGAAUCCCGGUCGUGGAGGAUCUAAACCGGCCGCGGUUGUACCGCCUCCUGCUGAUCUGUUUGCUCCCCUCGCACCCAUGGCCAUGCCAACCAACCUCUUUACACCAGCUGGAGCUCCAGACGAGCAGCAGCAGCCGAUGGAAGGAAGUGUUCCAGACGCCGGUGGAGAAAACACAGAGCAGACUAGUGCCACAGUCCCACAGAUGUUUAAUCCGAAUGCUUUGCCUCCCGGCCCGGAGGGGACGCAGUCUGGAGAGCUGUCACGUUCUAGCUCAAUGAGUUCUCUAUCACGAGAAGUGAGUCAGCAUUUAAAGCAGAUUCCUGCUCAGCCGCCAACGCAAGGAGCUCCGCCUACAGGAGGCGUGACCUUUUAUAACCCCUCCCAGUUUGCGCAGUCUGUUCCCACAAGCCGUGCUCGACCUGGUCGUCUGGGACAGAGAGAAUACCCCGCAAUGAAAUAAGAGCAUCGCUGUAGUUCUAGAUCAAGCUGUGGUUCUAGAGCCGAUUGGACUGAAGUUUGGUUCCUGCCUGGACUCCUGGAAGCGCUGGCAUGCCGCCCUCAGCCUCCCGAAUAACAACAUCGUCGCUGUCAUGAUCAUGGUUUUCCCAUCCGUGCUGAAGUUGAAUGGAUCGGACUCGCUCAUUCUCUGUUACUCCUUCUAGACUCUUCGUACCCAUUACUCACUAACUCUAGCGUCUUGUUCUGCCUUUGUACGGACCAGCGGCGCUUCCUCAACAUGAGCAGUGUGAAUAUAAGUGCAAUAUGAUUUUAAGCCCUGUGUAACUUGAUUUCCUUUAGUAGUCUGCUCAUUUCAGCAGGGCGAGUGUGAGUGCGUUUGUAUGCAUGAGUGGGGAGGAAAUGUGGGCGUGUCUUGCUGAUGGACGCCAGCCAAUGCAUGAGUUAGGGGGCGGUCUGACCUGUUGUCAUGGGAACAGUGCAGCACCAGAAUGUUUUAGAUAUUUAUUAAGCUUCCGGUGGAAACGCCGUCACCGGACGGGAUCCGUACAUCAGAGUGAGCUUGUGUAUUCAUCUCUUUAACCGUCUCCUGAAUGAAUCCUUCAUUUUGCCAGUAGCUAAGAAUCAUUCAUUUAUAUGAUUUACCAAAAUCUGUGAUCAUUGUGCGCAUUUUUGUUUUGUAAAAUAUCACUUAUUAUUUUCCUGGGUUCAUCUCGCUCUCUGAUCGGUCGUCUUCGUAUCUCUUAAUCACAGCCAUUAUUCCUUUGCUCAUUCCGGGGUUCUUGUUCCCAUGGUAACAGCGGGGUUUUGUAAUUCCAAAGGUCAGCUCUGUUUGAAGGAAGCUCUGACUUUUCCAGUGUUUAGAAAUUGACUGUACAAUUCUUGAUAAAGUGAUAAUAAAGAUAUUUUUGAGCUCUUUAA